UGUUUGAAAUAUCGCGAGACUGACUCCACGGUUGAACCCACCGGGCUGUGUGCGGAUGCUGCUCCGUGUCGCUCCCCUAUCUCUGUUGCUGAUACUGGGACCCGGUGUGUGUGUGUAUCUGUCUGCAGUGACCACACACCUGCUAGCAGAAAUAAGGGAGUCCCAUUAGGCUGUUGUUUCUAACUCAAACAGUGUGGGGACACAGCACAGACACAGCGUUAGUAAAGUAAAACAGUCGGUUGCUAUCAGCUAGCGUUGAAUGUAUCACUCAACGGCUAACUACCUAGCAUGCUAGCUAACGUGAAGUGCAGCUAGUGAUGGCUCUGGGGUUUAAAAUAUUAUGUUUGCCGUCAUACUGUAGGUAAUGUAGCACAGAUUAAUUUAAGUGUUCAUACCGGUAACAUUAUUUAACGUAAGUGUAGUGACAAUAAUGCUAGUUAUCGUGCUAACCAGUGUAAGUACCGUUAUGUCUCAUUUAAAACAAGUAACAUUACUAUAAUCAAGCUAACGUUAACUUAAUGUUAGCCAGCUAGCUAACGUUAGCAUUACAGUGCCCCACUACAGCAUCUACAAGAUAAUACCUGUUUUACUUAAUUAACCAAACCUUUACAUGGGAAGUUAAACUUUAUGCUAAUUCCAAAUAGCAUUGACUAUCAUUUCCCAGUCAGAAAGUUAAUCUUUUUCAAUUAUAGCCCAGGAAAAGUGUCACUUAAGCCCAGCUCAGUUCAUCCACAAGUGAUCAUGGCUCCUAAAAAGAGACCAGUGCCCUUAAACAUCGCUCCUGCUAGUGAUGUGUUGUCCACCUCCACCAACACUGAUGUUUCAUCUGAGGCCAAUUUAGAGGCACUUAAAAGAAUAAUGGAGGAGCUGGACCUGGAUGAACAACAGAAGAAAAGGUUAGAAGCUUUCCUCACCCAGAAGGCCAAGGUGGGCGAGUUGAGAGAUGAUGACUUCAAUCGAGUAUGUGAGCUGGGUGCGGGCAAUGGAGGAGUUGUCAACAAGGAAUGUCACAGACCUUCAGGAAUAAUCAUGGCCAGAAAGCUCAUUCAUCUUGAAAUCAAACCUGCCAUCAGAAACCAGAUCAUCCGAGAGCUUCAGGUGCUGCAUGAGUGUAACUCUCCCUACAUUGUCGGCUUCUAUGGAGCAUUUUAUAGUGAUGGAGAGAUCAGCAUCUGCAUGGAGCACAUGGACGGUGGAUCUCUGGACCAGGUGCUGAAAGAAGCAAAGAGGAUCCCUGAAGAGAUUCUGGGCAAAGUUAGCAUUGCUGUUUUGAGAGGCCUUGUGUACCUAAGAGACAAACAUCAAAUCAUGCAUAGAGAUGUGAAGCCUUCAAACAUCCUGGUGAACUCCCGUGGGGAGAUCAAGUUGUGUGACUUUGGUGUAAGCGGGCAGCUCAUAGACUCCAUGGCCAAUUCCUUUGUUGGGACAAGAUCUUAUAUGUCGCCUGAGAGAUUGCAGGGAACUCACUACUCUGUGCAGUCAGAUGUGUGGAGCAUGGGCCUGUCCCUUGUGGAGCUGUCAAUCGGGCGCUUCCCCAUCCCUCCUCCAGAUGCCAAAGAACUGGAGGCCAUAUUUGGACGGCCCAUCUUGGCUGGUAGUGAAGAAGAGACGCUCAGCACUUCGCCCAGACCCAGACCGCCGGGUAGACCUGUCAGCGGUCAUGGUCCUGCAAUGGCCAUCUUUGAACUUCUAGACUACAUAGUAAAUGAGCCCCCUCCCAAACUACCACAUGGCGUCUUCACCUCUGAUUUCCAGGACUUUGUGACAAAGUGUCUCAUCAAAAAUCCAUCAGAGAGGGCUGACUUGAAAAUGUUGAUGAACCAUAUGUUUAUCAAGCGGUCCGAGGUGGAGGAGGUAGACUUUGCUGGCUGGCUUUGUAAAACCAUGGGGCUGAACCAACCUAGCACUCCCACACGCACUGCAGACUGAACACACACUGACCACAUUCGCACACACACACACACACGUAUAAACAUGGAGAAGCUGCUGCCUAAAACCUGAUGCCCACACACACACACACACGUUGUUUGCCACGUCCUCCCUCAGGUGAACCUCUGAAGUCUCCAUCUAUCAAAUGAACUCUACUGACAAGUAAGCCAGGAAAGAUGCUCUAUCUACAGCACGAGUGUGUCAGUUAUUACAGUCAUAUGUGAUACAUGUGUGACUUUGUUUUCAUAUGUGUCAUGCAAACACAUUUAGAAGAGUAAGGAUAGUUUAUUUUUACCGAACAGGUCGGGUUAUGUGUGUCUGUGUUAGCAAGAGAUGAUUGAGUCAAAGAAUGUUUUUUUGCAUUCAGUGAUGUGACUGAUUUCUACAAAGAUGUCUUGAGGUGAAGCACAAUGUUUAAAACAUUUUAGCAUGACCCUCAUGUCAAAGCCAAAAAUGAAAAAAGUUACAACCUUAAAAGCACCCUCUGCUCCCUCUGUAUUUCAGGGUUGUUAUCUUUAAGCAUCAUCCUUAGCUUGUUGUGGUACCAUUAGCUUCAGAUGAGCUACACUGGGGCAGAGGCUGUCUUUGAAAAUACCAGAGACUCAUCCCUGGACGCUACCUGCCGUAAUAAGACCGCUUUUAUCUCUUGAGCAAGAUGCAUCACGACUCACUGAGCAGUCUCUGCGGAAACAAGUGAUUAUUUCUUUGUAUUCGCUGUCAUGUAAACAACAGGACACAGAUUUGCCAUUGAAGUAUAUCCUGUGUUGUGGCAGGAUUAGGGCAUUUCGCUCCUUUGUUUUGUUCUAUUUGUGUACUUCCUCCUUUAAGUAAAUGUUUAAAGGGACAGUUAACCCCAAAAUCAAAAAUACAUAUUUUUCCUCUUACCUAUGGUGCUAGUUAUCAAUCUAGAUUGUUUUAGUUGCCAAGUGUUGGAGAUAUCAGCCGUAGAGAUGUCUGCCUUCUCCCUGAAAUAAUGGAACUAGAUGGCACUCAGCUUGUGGUGCUCAAAGCGCCAAAAAAUAAAUUUGGAAAACUCAACAUCAAUGUUUCUUUCCAGAAAUCAUGACCCAGCUACUUGAGAUAAUCCACAGACCUUGUUGUGAGCAGUUUAUGUAAGAACUAUUUUCUUUCUACUGAACUACACCCGCUGGUCUUCCACAAACCAUGUCACUGAAGGACAAAGGAUUAUUUAAAGGUAUUUUAGGGCUUUUUGUCUUUAAUUGAUAGGACAGUAUUAGGGUGAAAGGGAGAGAGGGGGUGACAUGCAGCAGGGGGCUGUGGGGCGAAAUUGAACCCACGGCCACUGCGGCAAGAACAAAGCCUUUGUACAUGGGGCACCUGCUCUACCAGGUGAGCUACAGGGUGCCCCAGGAAAAUGGAUUUCAAGAGUAUCACUGAGCUCGUUAACGUUACAGCUCUGACAAGGAGGACACCAUUAAUGUUUAUAUCUCACACUGUCACAAGCACGAGUCCAUGAGUAGAUGCACGCUUCCUUCUGCGCGAUACAGUUUGCAGGUGUAGUUCGGUAGAAAGAAAUUAGUUCCUACAUGAAACUGCUCACAACAAGGUCUGUGGUUUAUCUUGAGUAAGUGGGUCAUGAUUUCUGGAAAGAGACAUUGCUGUUGAGUUUUUCACAUGUAUUUUAUUGCUGCUUUGAGCACCACAAGCUGAGUGCCAUCUAGUUUCAUUGUGUUCAUGAGAAGGCAGACAUCUCUACGACAGAUAUCUCCAACACUCUGCAACUCACACCCAAACAAACUACACUGAUAAACAGCACUACAGGUAAGAGGAAUAUAUGUUUUUCUGAUUUGGGGGUGAACUGUCCCUUUAAAUAUAGAUUUUUGUUAUAGCAAAAUCAUAGAAAGCUUUGUCUAUAAAGUCAGAAUUGUCAAUAAAUUGUAUGUAUUGUAACAUGA